CAGUUGUUCAAGUUAAAUGUUAUUUGUUGGCAAUCUCUCCUAAAAUAAAUUAAAAAUGGUUCGACCUGAACUGAUUUUUCUACUUGUUUUAGUACUGGGAUUGGCAUCCGCGAGCUCCCUCGAUAAUGAAAUAUCAGAAGAAACGAAAGGAUCUCAGGAAAAUCUGACCAUCAUCCAGAAGUUUUGUAUCAGGGAAUCGGGCUCCGACGUCGGCUAUCAGAAAUAUCGUUCCACUCUCGGAGAUCUCGACUCGUGUAUCAAGAACAAUAACAAUUCCUUGGACAUCUCAUUGAACUUCGAAUCACUCACCGUAGAACGAAUCAAAUCGCUUUGUCCAGUGUUGAAGUCCAGAAGUGCUUGUUUUGACGGUUUUGCUGAAGCGACCAGCAAGUGCGUUACGGAUAUGAUGCUCAGCUAGGUAUGCAAAUAGGUAACGAUGUCAUCAAUAGCUUGAACAAUCUGAUGUGUGGUGAUGCAGCUAUCGUGGAAGAAAUGGUCCAGCCUCCUUUCAUUCGAUGUGCCAAACGAUUGUGGGAUGAACUCGAUGAUUGCAGUGGUCCCAGUUUAAAUCCGAAGGACAGAAGAUAUGAUAACGUGUGCGGCAUCUACGUGUUGGGUCGAAAAUGUUUGCAGAAAAAAGUGAACGACUGUGGAACUCCAGGUGUCAUGAAGCUAGUGGAUGCUGUCUUGAAACCAACUAUACAGUACGCAGAAUGUGAAAACCCUUUAAAUAAUA